AGGUAGCCCAGGCUGGCUGGAACCCCUGGCAGUCCUCCUGCUUCAGCCUUCGGAAUAUUCUGGGAGUACAUGUUUGCACCACCAAGCCCACCUGGCCCUCCCUUAUUUAAAAUUAGAAGUACAGUAAUUACUUUUUAGUUUAAAUGGCACAGCUGAAAUCCUCUUGUACUGUUUUAUUUGAGGUGUUUAAGGUUUUUCAUAUUCUGAAUUUGAGUAGCCCUCUUCCUUUUGAGGGAUGUUUUUGCUCUUUGCCCACCUUCUGAAUUGCUUUUCUAUUUAAAUGAAGUUUUUUGUGGUUAACUGGUGCUAAUUUUAAAGAAGUCACUCGUGUCACCUUUGGUAAAGUGUACUCAGUUUAAGAUUAAGAAACUGGUUUCAAACUGACCCUUUGGCCUCUGGAGCAAAUUCAAAUGUAACUCCCCCAUCCCCCUUCUCUUCCAGAUUCAUUAAAAGAAGAAUGAACCAUAGUCCUUGAAGAUAACCAAACAGUUUUUCCUUAAAUAUAAUUUUUGAUGAUAAAAGUUCAAGUGGAGUCAGAGGUUCUUACAGGCUUGGAGAUUUGUACAAGUCUUCAGUUUGUCAACAGACACUAUCAGACAGACCACUUUUAGAGGACACAUUCCCUUUUUUUUUUAAUUGUCCUUGGUAGCAAAUAUCAAAUUUGGUUGCAUCAUUUUGACUUGUGUUUCAGUCUAGGUUUUAUGGCACAGUAGUGGUAUGAACUUUACACAUGCUUUAUUAUAAAAAAGCAAAGCAACCAUAACAAACCAUUACACUGAACCUGGACACCUUGAAAAGAGAACUUGAUAGCUUUGUUUUACAUAUACUUGAAGGACUCCAGAAAACAAAAGCUUCCUUAGAAGUGUGCCUCUUAAGAAUAUAUUCUGUUUUUAGAAGCAAAAUGAGAAAUUUUACAGCAUUUGCGGGAAAUUAUAUGAGGAUAUAAGCGCUCCAGAAAAGUUGCAAAAUCUAUUGAGUUAGAUUUCUCUUUGGAGAUUAAGAUUUUCUAUAAGUGUUUGUAUACAUUAUUCUCUCUUCAAAGAAGCAACUGAACAAUGCGAAUCUCAGACUUCAUUAUUUAAAUAGUGUAGCAAUGGAAAACCUUCAGACAAGUUUCUCCUUGGCUCAGGGCUCAAAUAGAAAACUGAAUAGGAUGGGAGAGGAUGGCAGCCCACCAGUGAAAAAAAUGAUGACAGAAGUUCAUGUGAAUGGAAGAACAAUUAAGAUGCCGACGGUAAAGAAGGAACAUUUGGAUGAUUAUGGAGAAGCACCGAUGGAAACUGAUGGAGAACAUGUCAAGCGAACCUGUACUUCCGUGCCUGAACUUUUAAAUUUAAAUCCCAGUUUGAAACACACAUUGGCACAAUUUCACUUAAGUAGUCAGAGCUCUCUGGGUGGACCAGCAGCAUUUUCUGCUCGGUAUUCCCAGGAAAGCAUGUCACCCACUGUAUUUCUGCCUCUUCCAUCUCCUCAGGUCCUUCCUGGCCCGCUACUCAUCCCUUCCGAUAGCUCCACAGAGCUCACCCAGACUGUUUUGGAAGGGGAGUCUGUUUCUUGUUUUCAAGUUGGAGGAGAAAAGAGACUCUGUUUGCCCCAAGUCUUAAAUUCUGUUCUCCGAGAAUUUUCACUUCAGCAAAUAAAUACAGUGUGUGAUGAAUUAUAUAUAUAUUGUUCAAGGUGUACAUCAGAUCAGCUUCAUAUCUUAAAGGUUCUGGGUAUACUUCCAUUCAAUGCUCCAUCCUGUGGGCUGAUCACAUUAACUGACGCACAAAGACUAUGUAAUGCUUUAUUGCGACCACGAACUUUUCUGCAAAAUGGCAGCAUACUUCCUGCUAAAAACUCAUUGGCCCAGUUAAAGGAAACUGGCAGUGCCUUUGAAGUGGAACAUGAAUGCUUGGGCAAAUGUCAGGGUCUGUUUGCACCUCAGUUUUACGUGCAGCCUGAUGCUCCAUGUAUUCAGUGUCUGGAGUGUUGUGGAAUGUUUGCACCCCAGACAUUUGUGAUGCAUUCUCACAGAUCACCUGACAAAAGAACUUGCCACUGGGGCUUUGAAUCGGCCAAAUGGCAUUGUUAUCUUCAUGUGAACCAAAAAUACUUAGGGACACCUGAAGAAAAGAAACUGAAGAUAGUUUUAGAGGAAAUGAAGGAGAAGUUUAACAUGAGAAAUGGAAAGAGAACGCAAUCCAAGACUGAUACAUCACCAGGACUGGAGUUGCAGUCAUGGUAUCCUGUUAUAAAGCAGGAAGGUGAACAUAUUUCUCAGACACAUUCAUUUUUACACCCCAGCUAUUACUUAUACAUGUGUGAUAAAGUAGUUGCCCCAAAUGUGUCACUUACUUCUGCUGUAUCCCAGUCUAAAGAGGUCACAAAAACAGAGGCAAGUAAAUUUGUAUCAAGAUCGUCAGAAAAGCCUCAUAGUAGUAGUAAACAUCAAAAAACAGUGUCUUAUCCAGAUGUGUCACUUGAAGAACAAGAGAAAAUGGAUUUAAAAACAAGUAGAGAAUUAUACAGCCACUUAAAUGCAUCAAUCUCAAGUAAUUCUACAAGUAAAAAAAAAUCUGAUUCUACCACCUGUGACUUAAUAAGAGACACAAGCAAGCAUGGUGCUGCACCUUCAUCUCUGCUUCUCUUCAAAGAUGUUAUUUGUGAGGAUGAUAAGGGAAAGAUCAUGGAAGAAGUAAUGAGAACUUACAUAAAACAACAGGAGAAACUGAACUCAAUUUUGCAAAAGAAGCAACAACUGCAGAUGGAAGUGGAAAUGUUGAGUAGCUCAAAAGCUAUGAAGGAACUCACUGAGGAACAACAGAAUUUACAGAAGGAGCUUGAAUCUUUACAGAGUGAACAUGCUCAAAGAAUGGAAGAGUUUUAUGUUGAGCAGAAAGACUUAGAGAAAAAAUUGGAGCACGUAAUGAAGCAAAAAUGUACCUGUGACUCAAAUUUAGAAAAAGACAAAGAGGCUGAAUAUGCAGCACAGUUGGCAGAACUGAGACAGAGAUUGGACCAUGCCGAGGCUGAUAGACAGGAACUCCAAGAUGAACUGAGACAGGAGCGGGAGGCAAGACAGAAGUUAGAGAUGAUGAUAACAGAGCUAAAACUUCAAAUUUUGAAAUCAUCAAAGACUGCUAAAGAAUAGAAACUGUUAAAGAGAUUCAUCCAUGUAUUACAGGGUUUAUUUGUUGCUUGCUUUGGUGAUUGAAUCCUGAAUAUCUUAUUUGCAUGAAGAUAACUGUGCAUUCUGUCCAUUUGUAGAUCAAGGAAAGUGAAGAGAUUAUAUAUUAGUACAUAAAUUUUUACAUUUUCCAAAUGAAUGAAAAUGUAUGUUUCUUUGUACAUUUCUGUCCCCGGUCAGCUUGGUAACUAACAGUAGUAUAUGGUUUCAACCAAUAAAUAAUUACCUAUAUUUCUAAUGCAAAUUUAAUACUUAUAUACCUUUUAAAAGCUGCAUUAUGUGGUGGAUAGUGGCUCUGGACACUUUUGUUAUACAUAUUUCAGAUUCAAUUUUAGAUACAAUAGUGGCAUCAUAAUUCAAAUGUGUAGCAUAAAGCUACCCAUGGAGUAUGUCUUCAUUUUUUUCAACAUGAUCUACUUCUCAUUAUUAUACACAGAAUUUGCUUUUACUUUGUUCAGAUUGUGGAAUGAAUUCCCACCAGUUUUCCUCCUUUCAAUGUCUCCUAAGAGAGAUUUCAUUGAUGAAGUCAUAGCACACCCCAUGGACACAGAGGGGAAGGAUUGACAUGCUUUGUCAUUCAUUGCUGCUAAACACAAAAAGCAGUUGUAAUUUGUCUUUUAGUUUAAGUGUGGUUGUAUUUAGGAUUUUUUGCAGUGAAUUCAGAAAAUUAAUUUCUGAACUGUUAGAAAUGUCUGAAAUGUUAGUGGUGUGAAAAUAUUAAUGUUCUUGAGAAAAACUGAUUCCAUUGAUGUAUAUUAGUUUCUAUAUAGACCAUAAUCCUCCUGUACAGUUUUUAUAUGUAGUUAUGGGUCUUCCUGAAAUUUAUAUAAUGGAUUUGUUCUCCUUUAAAUUAUAAAAUAUUAAACAGCUUAAAGUUACUUUGGACUUUUGUAUAUUUAAAUGUUACCAAAAUUUGCACAAAUGGACCAUUUUCAAUUACACUUUAGUAUCAAAAGUCAGGAAUUUAUAAUCAAUAGAUAGAGUUUGAUUGGUUAAUAUAGGGUAGUUUAAUUAUUUGCUUCUCAAAGGUUUUUAGAUAAGUUUUAGAUGGCAAAAGAAUUACACAGUUUGGGGAAGGGUAACAUCUACACUUUUUUUUUCUGCACAGAAAAGUUAUUUUAAAUAGAAAAUUUCACAUUUGUUCAUUCUUAGCUUAAAAGUUAGGUAAAAUUCUCAGUAUGCAUCUUUUUAAAGGAAGUUUCCUGAAACUGCCAUUGAUAAUAUUCUAUGAAUUUUGUUCUCAUGUUCUUAUAAGGUACUAUCUGAAAUUCCUUAAGCUAUUUUAUUUAAAACAUAAUUUUGUUAAAGUUUAAUACUGUUUGCGUCAUUUUGAAGGUGGAUACUCUCAUGGUAUAGAACUUCAGAACUCUUAGAUUAUCAUCUAAGUGGUAAUUUUCAUAUUUUGCUUAAUGGUACUCACAUAUCCCCCCCGAAAAUUUGUACUUCCCAAAGUGCAGUUUCUUUAAACAUAGUGUGAUCUAAUAUGUUUUUUGCAUUUAAACUUUAUUAACCCUGUAAUCAAAUUUGUUGAUUCUUGAGUUUCCACAAGGGUGGACAGAUAUUAAAAUAACAUGGAAAAGCAAAUGUUUAAAAUGAUGUAUUUUUCCCAGUGCCAUUUAUUUAGAUCAGGGCAAGGAAAAUUACAGACUUUUAUGAUAUAGUUUUGUUUUAGUUGUUAAGUUAAUUAUGUCACGUCAGCUUUUUUGGGAGACAAACUCAAGCACCUAUAAUUUCAUUUAUUUUUCUAAUUUGCUUAAAUGCUUUCUGCUUAUUUUAUUUAGUAAAUGGUAAGCUUACCUAGGUUUCAACCCAAAAUGUCUAAAACAAAUUGCUUUAUUUUUGAAAUACGUUAUUUUAGAAUUCUUAACUGGUCCUUAAACACCAUUAUUUAUAAAGCCUUGAUUUAGAAUUGGCUAAAGAAAAAUUUUUUUUUCUA